AUGCCGAACACUACAUCACCCCUUCUUGAUUUCGAAUUUCUUUCGAACAGUCGCACAAAUAUCACUUCUGGCGUUUAUUCCGUGUUAGCAAUAACCGCUGCUUUGAAUAUCUUCACAUGUCCUCUCGUAGUUUUACUGAAUAGUCUGGUAAUAGGUGCCGUGAAAACAAAGCGACGUCUGCGUAUAAAAUCCAACAUCUCGCUGGCUUGCUUGGCGACGACAGAUUUUAUUGUAGGACUGCUUGUUCAACCGUUGGCCACAACCAAUUUCAGCUUGUUUUUCACAGGUAGCAGCCUUCAAACCGUGACCCGCACUGUUGUUUGCGUAUCCAGUGCUGUUGGCGAAACAUGCGUUGCAUCUUCGCUUCUCCACUUGUUGUUAAUGAGCGGAGAACGUUAUCUAGCUAUCAAACACCCCUUCGCGUACGAAAAUGGCCUUGUUACUGAAGCUCGUAUUAUCAUGGCAUCUGGUUUGGCGUGGAUGUGUGCGGUGAUUAUCUUUGGCAUCAAAACCAGCUUCCUUCGAGAAAUAGGUGUUGUUUUUAUCUCAGCCGUUAUCUCCACUGUAGUUUAUUGUCAUGUUGUCAUAUACAAAGAAGUUCGUCGCAACACACAGCAAAUCAUUGCUAACCAAGUUUCUUUAGCCGUGAAGGAAAAGUUACUCAAGAAUAAGAGAGCCUUUAACACAACUGUCGUGAUAGUUUUGACACUUUUCCUUCGUUACAUUCCUACUUGCGUUUUGCUGAUUGUUUUCAUUUCCUUAGAUGGAGAAAACUUCUCUGACGUAGGACAAAUCGCUUACUUCCCUAUUACAUUUCUGGCAGUGCUUAAUUCGUCGAUAAACCCACUCAUCUACACUGCAAGAAUCCGACAAUUUCGCGUAGCUAUCUUUCAGAUUUUAACAAGAAAAACGUUUGCUGAAGCUGAGGAAAUUGAAAACAAGAUGUUUGGAGCAAAUCGUGUGGGAGUUGCAUAA